CCUGAGUUUGCAACUGCAACACUUGUCAUUCUGCCGAGGGAAGUCAGCGGGGGCAUGUUGACCGAUUAAUGAGACGCAGCCCAAAAGAAGAAGAAGAAGAAGAAGAAGAAGCAGAAGAAGAGUGAACGCAUGCGCGUUCCCGCGUUGGGUACACUUCCUAUCAGAGGAUGUGACGCAGCUGUGUUUAGCAGUUCCUCAUGUGUGCAGGCCCGACGAUGUCCGAAGUCUUUAAUUAACUUACUGAAACUGGACGCUAACGAUCUAAGCGAAAGGUUGAAUGUAAAUUUUUUUAAGCUGUCAAACCUUUAACCUGCCUGUCACCUUCACUGGAGACACGCAGAUGAAUGAAAUCAGCCCUGAUUCAUGUCUGAUCUUGAUAAUCCACUGAACUCAAGGGGAAAUCUUUCCAGCGAGAGGACUGCACCAAGUCUUAGAACAAUGAAAGGGGGAACUCGGAAAACCAGAAAAAGGGAUCCUAAAACGACCUCAACAGAAACAGUUAACUCAGAAACUCUUUCAUCUCAAGCCACAGAGGAAUCAAGUGCUCUGCCAGGCUGUGAUCUUACCAUUGACAGCCAGUCUGCUGCAUGUCCCUUAUCAAGUACUCCAAAAAGAAGCAGGAGACAAACAGCACAGAUACAAGGAGCCUACCAGACCUCCACACCAGUCCGCAGCUCAGCCAUUGACAACCCGUCCAACACCUCCACAUCACCUGCUGGAGCAAAACAAGUAGAGCUAGAGUGCACUAAGUUCACCAAACAGUUAAAGACAUCCGAGGGAGAUUUGCCAUGCAGUCAAUCAGACUCUCAGAGCAGAUUUAGGAGGGGUCGUUCGGCCCAGCGAAGACAAGCUAGAAAAAGUGCAACAAAGGAACCAACGCAGACCGGCAGUCAAAGCAAUGGUCCUCCAGCCAAGUGCCGGCGUCGCAGGAAACAGGAAAUGGAGACAGAGAAUUCAGAAAUAGACACUACUACUCAGUCAUCAGAACGUUGUAGACCAAGAUUUGAGCUGACGAAGCCUGAUGAAGCAGAGCAAGAUGAGUCUUUGCUGUCUUCAGAUCUGUCUAUAGAGCUAAGUCACCAUGAAGAGCAGCUGCCAUCUUUGUCCUUCCAGGAAGAUGAGGAAAGUGAGGAGGAGGAGGCGGAGGAGCUGCCAAGUUUCUUGAUGCAGGUGGACAAAAAGCCCCCAUCCAUUACAGAGGGAGUGUUUGUGUGGUGUAAAUUUAGAAAUUAUCCAUUCUGGCCUGCAUUGGUAAAAAGUGUGAACCGGAAGCUGAGAAAAGCCAGCAUCAUGUUCAUUGAUGACCCAAUGAUUCACCAAAAAAAGGGGUUUACUGUGGCUCUGAAAACCCUGAAGCCUUUUGACUGUGAAGGAGCUAAUGAGCUGGUGUGUAAAGCCAAAGAAAACUAUGAUGCUGCAAUCCAGUGGUCCCUGCAGCUGAUAGCAGACUACAGUAUACGGAUUGCAUGUGGCUCCUUUUCUGGCUCCUUCAUCGAGUACUUUGCUCAUGACAUGAGCUAUCCCGUGAGGAGGAUGUAUCCUCAGGCAGCCUCAGAGAGGUUAACCAUCGCCAGUGAUUCGAUGAUGGAGGAGCCAUGUGAUGAUCACAAGGAGGACAGCUUUAGUGAACAGCAGGAAGAGGUCAGCAGGACUUCAAAGAGGUUGCUGCCAGACCGGACCCAUGCUGCCCACAACCGCGCUAAUGAGAAACUUGUACAUUUCAUCGUGAAGCAGCGCAUGGUGGAGGGACGCCUUCUGGCUGUGAUCCGUGGGCAGCAGCAGUCCAGAUGGCUUCACUCCUUCCAGAGUGCUAAUCGGAGACGGGUGGUGAACAGACGGGUGGUGAACAUAUACUUAGAAGAUGACCAGCAGUUGGACCAAGUCUAUUGGUACCUAAAUGAGCUCUACACAACGGCUGUGAACGCUCCCUGCCUGGUUGAGGUGAAAUCUAUGGAACGUGUCCCCUUUGUCCUGGAUGUGCUUCUUCCUGAGGCCAUCAUCUAUGCCAUAGCUGGGGUGGACAAUAUCUCAGUAAAAAAGGCAGAAGAGAAGUACCUAAAAGGACGAUGUAUAAGUAACAGAGAAAGACAGGAGUUUGACUUGAUGAUUGAGCGGCAGAUGAAGAAAAAGUCACUUCAUCAGAAUUCUGCACUAUUCUCUGACGCCAUCAGUUAGAGGACUGAGUAUUGUAAAAGAAGGAAUUAUUUUCAUAUUUGUUUUUUUUCAAGAAUGUUUUGUUUAUAGCUGAGUCUGUAUGCUAUGUUGGCUUUACAAUCAGGAUCCAAUCCUCUCUGCUCUGCCUUUUUUUUUUAAGACUUGCCAUUGUAAAUACUCAAUCUCAGUCUAAAAUCUGUUGGAAAGUGACAUAAGCUGUAUUUUAAAUGAGUAUAUUACAGUAAUGACUGUUCCCUGAAAAUAUAUUCACACUGCCAAAUUGCAUGUUAAAUAACUGCCUAUGCUUGUGUGCUUACUACUUUUUUAAAUUUUUUUUAUAAACCAAUCCAACAGGAAUGGUUCUCACACACUAAAGGACGAACAAGUGCCAAAUAAAAACAACGACACUAUACCCCAGGUGACACGUUAACCCAACAGCACAACUGCUAGGGGGACCAGGGCAAAAAUUAGCAAUUAGGCGGCCAUUGGCUGACCUCACUUCCUUCUGCUCUCUGUGCAGUGUGUAUGUACCCAGUCAUCUUCAGGUGCCAAGCACACAGCAGAUGGUAGCUUCAGUAUUAUUUUGCCCAGAAACCUGAAAACCAAAGAAUAAUCCUGCAACAUCAUUUAGUCCCAGAUUCACUACUGUAUCUGUCAGUUAUCAUUUAUUUGGGAGUAUGUAUCAUGAAUGCACAAUAUCAUUUGAAAUUUAUGAAUACUAUAUUUUGACACAGCCCCCCACCCCUCCACACCCAAACAUCCAGAUUACAAAAACAUUUCAUAUUCUAGUGGUAUGCAGCAACGCAGAAUGUUUGUUUUGUGAUUGUUUUAUCUGCUGACAUUAUUUCAGUAGGGCUUGUGUGUAAAAAUGUAUGCUGAAAUGACACAAGGGGAUAAAUCUGCUACCAUAACACUGGACUUCAGGCAGCUUCUUCUUUCAUGGCGUGAGACUGCUUAACACAAAAUUACCAUAAAUGAGUACCAAGAAGCAUCACUCCUAUGAUCUGCCUUGUAAAGAUCCUCCAAAGUUUGCAUUGCAUUAAACUUUUCUUUGUUGUUUUUA